AUUAAUGCCUGUGUGUGUGUAUGAGAGAGAGAAGGGUCCACUUGAGGAAGUGGCAUACUACAGAACAAGGUAUGAUCCAUUUGACAGAUAUAAAAUAGGGUUGAGGCAAUCAGCUUUCCUCUCAAGCUGGAGAAAAUUUUUCUCCAUCUCAGAAAAUUUUCAUGAUUCAUUGUUUCAUUGAAUCAAAAUAAGAAAAGAAAAAGAAUUUAUAGGGAAAGCAGAUCGAGCUGCAGUCAAAAUGGGAGGAGAUGAUCUCAGUCUUGAAAAGAUCAAGAAUGAAUCUGUUGAUCUGGAGAAAGUUCCGAUAGAGGAAGUGUUCGAGCAGCUGAAAUGCGGCCGCGAUGGGCUGAGCUCCACCGAAGGAGAAAACAGAGUUCUCAUCUUCGGCCUCAACAAAUUGGAAGAGAAGAAGGAAAACAAAUUCCUGAAAUUUCUAGGGUUUAUGUGGAACCCUCUGUCGUGGGUGAUGGAAGCGGCGGCGCUGAUGGCGAUCGUCUUGGCGAACGGGCAGGGGAAGCCGCCGGACUGGCAGGAUUUCGUCGGAAUCGUGUUCCUGCUGGUGAUCAACUCCACCAUCAGUUUCAUCGAGGAGAACAACGCCGGCAACGCCGCGGCGGCGCUGAUGGCGGGGCUGGCCCCGAAGACGAAGGUGCUGAGGGACAGCAAGUGGAGUGAGCAGGAGGCGGCGAUCCUGGUCCCCGGCGACAUCAUCAGCAUCAAGCUCGGCGACAUCAUCCCGGCCGACGCCCGCCUCCUCGAGGGGGACCCCCUCAAGGUGGACCAGUCCGCCCUCACCGGCGAGUCCCUCCCCGUCACGAAGCACCCCUACGACGAGGUCUUCUCCGGCUCCACCUGCAAGCAGGGGGAGAUCGAGGCCGUCGUCAUCGCCACCGGCGUCCACACCUUCUUCGGCAAGGCGGCGCACCUCGUCGACAGCACGCACCAGGUCGGCCACUUCCAGAAGGUGCUCACCUCCAUCGGGAACUUCUGCAUCUGCUCCAUCGCCGUCGGGAUGCUGGCGGAGAUCAUAGUUAUGUACCCCAUCCAGCGCCGGAGCUACCGGAACGGCAUCGACAACCUGCUGGUGCUCCUCAUCGGCGGCAUCCCCAUCGCCAUGCCGACGGUGCUGUCCGUCACCAUGGCCAUCGGGUCGCACCGCCUCUCGCAGCAGGGGGCCAUCACCAAGCGGAUGACGGCCAUCGAGGAGCUCGCCGGGAUGAACGUCCUCUGCAGCGACAAGACGGGCACCCUCACGCUCAACAAGCUCACCGUCGAUAAGGCCCUCAUCGAGGUCUUCGCCAAGGGCUGCGACGCCGACCACGUCCUCCUCCUCGCCGCCAGGGCCUCCCGGACGGAGAAUCAGGACGCCAUUGAUGCCGCCAUUGUUGGAACUCUUGCUGAUCCCAAAGAGGCGAGAGCUGGUAUAAGGGAGGUGCAUUUCUUCCCUUUCAACCCUGUGGAUAAGAGGACUGCUCUCACAUACAUUGAUAACAACGGGAACUGGCAUCGAGCUAGCAAGGGAGCUCCGGAGCAGAUCCUCACCCUCUGCAACUGCAGGGAAGAUUUCAAGAAGAAGGUUCAUGGCGUCAUCAACAAAUUCGCUGAGCGUGGCCUACGAUCUCUUGCUGUUGCUAGACAGCAAGUGCCGGAGAAAUCCAAGGAAAGCCCCGGUGGUCCAUGGGAGUUUGUUGGGCUCUUGUCACUCUUCGAUCCUCCCAGGCACGACAGUGCAGAGACCAUCCGUAGAGCUCUCCACCUUGGCGUGAACGUGAAGAUGAUCACUGGUGAUCAGCUGGCCAUUGCUAAGGAGACGGGGCGCAGGCUUGGAAUGGGAGUGAACAUGUACCCCUCGGCUUCUCUGUUAGGGCAACACAAAGACGAGUCCAUAGCUGGACUUCCUAUCGAGGAGCUGAUCGAGAAGGCUGAUGGUUUUGCUGGGGUGUUUCCAGAGCACAAGUAUGAGAUAGUGAAGAAGUUGCAGGAGAGGAAGCACAUUGUUGGAAUGACAGGAGAUGGUGUGAACGACGCCCCUGCUCUGAAGAAGGCCGAUAUUGGUAUUGCCGUUGCAGACGCCACGGAUGCAGCCAGGGGCGCCUCCGAUAUCGUGCUCACCGAGCCGGGCCUCAGUGUCAUCAUCAGCGCAGUCUUGACGAGUAGAGCCAUCUUCCAGAGAAUGAAGAACUACACGAUAUAUGCAGUUUCCAUCACCAUUCGUAUAGUGUUUGGUUUCAUGCUCAUUUCUUUGAUCUGGAGGUUCGACUUCUCCCCCUUCAUGGUUUUGAUCAUUGCAAUCUUGAACGACGGUACAAUUAUGACGAUUUCCAAGGAUAGAGUGAAGCCAUCUCCAUUGCCAGAUAGCUGGAAAUUGAAGGAGAUCUUCGCCACCGGCGUUGCACUCGGAGGCUACCUCGCGUUGAUGACCGUCAUCUUCUUCUGGUUGAUGCACGAAACCCACUUCUUCCCCGAAAAAUUUGGAGUGAAAAACAUAAAACACAAUGAUGCUGAGAUGAUGUCUGCUCUCUACCUGCAAGUGAGCAUUGUGAGCCAGGCCCUGAUCUUCGUGACGAGAUCGCGCAGCUGGUCCUACGCGGAGCGCCCGGGCAUGCUCCUCAUGAGCGCCUUCCUCGUUGCGCAGCUGGUGGCGACCCUGAUCGCUGUGUACGCGGACUGGUCGUUUGCAAGGGUGAAGGGGUGCGGGUGGGGGUGGGCCGGCGUGAUCUGGAUAUACAGCGCCGUGUUCUACGUGCCACUCGACCUCAUGAAGUUCGCCAUCCGCUACAUCCUGAGCGGGAGGGCGUGGCAGAACUUGUACGAGAACAAGACUGCUUUCACCUCCAAGAAGGAUUUUGGCAAGGAGGAGAGGGAGGCGCAGUGGGCUCAUGCGCAGAGGACUCUUCAUGGUCUUAACCAACCUCAAGAAGAUGCCAACAGCGUCUUCAACGACAAGAGCAACUACAGAGAGCUCUCUGAGAUAGCCGAGCAGGCCAAGAAACGCGCUGAGAUUGCAAGGCUGCGCGAGCUGCACACGCUCAAGGGGCACGUUGAGUCGGUCGUGAAGCUCAAGGGGCUCGACAUCGAGACGAUACAGCAGCACUACACCGUCUGAGGGAGUGCCUCAACACAUGAUUUUGGAGAGCACCAAGAAUGAGGAUGCUUACUCUAGCUAGUUAUGGAUAAGAGAUCUUCCUUUUAAGAGGAAUUCAGACAUAUGCUAUGAAUCCUUUUUUUUUUUUUUUCUUCUGUAAGUUAUAUCAGCAAAAAACUUUUGUCUGAUGUUUGGACUCCUAUGAUGAGUUUAAUGAUGUUGUUUUCUUGCAACACAGUUUUAUACUUA